CAAGAUAAUUGGACUUUUAAAUUUAACCGUAUGCAAGAAUAGUAACUUAUUAUUAUAUUUUAAACCGUAACUAUUUAUGUCACCAUCAGUCUAAUAAAUAUUGCCCAAUAUAUACUAAUUCAGUUAGAUAAAAAGUCAACUAUGAAGAGGCAGAAUAUACGUGUUGGCUUAGAGACCUAUAUAUAUUCACAUUGACGAUUAAUCUUGUUUUUAAUUUAACAAUUAAAAACAUUAAUAAUAACGCACAAAUCUAAUGAGUAGAAAAAAGUAUAAAAAAGUUCAUUCCUCUUACGAUGAGGAAAAAGAUGACUCUAGGUGAAUAUGUCAAUGUAUAGACUGAAUACGUGUUUACAUACACGAACUACUUCUGCAAUUUAAUGUUACGUGGCAAUGCUUAUCAGCGAUAAAUAUUUCCAUUUCUUUUUCUUCAUUAUUUUAAGUGCAUAAUACAGAGAAAGAUAUUUAUCAAAUAAAUCUUAAUCGAGUUGGUACCGUUAUAAAGAUAUUAGAAAGGAAGAUACGAUAUCAAAGACAUUUGAUAUUAGUAUCUUGUUCUGGAUAUACUCAUGCAUCCGAAAAGAAUGAAAAUAGAAGUUAUGCGAGCCUUAAUACUUGUUGGUGGAUAUGGAACCAGAUUGCGUCCUCUUACUCUUACACGACCUAAACCUUUGGUUGAAUUUGCUAACAAACCAAUGCUUUUACAUCAGAUAGAAGCUUUAGUAGCAAUGAAUGUAACAGAAGUAAUAUUAGCUGUAUCUUAUAGAGCAGAGGAAAUGGAAAAAGAUUUAGAAGAAGAAGCUAAGAAACUAGGAGUUACUUUAAUAUUUUCCCAUGAACCAGAACCUUUGGGUACUGCCGGUCCACUUGCUCUAGCACGUGAUAUAUUAUGUUCUGGAGAUGAACCAUUUUUUGUUUUAAAUUCCGAUAUUAUUUGUGAUUUUCCAUUUAAACAGUUAUAUGAAUUUCAUAAAAGUCAUGGUAAAGAAGGUACUAUAGUUGUUACUAAAGUAGAAGAACCAUCAAAAUAUGGCGUAGUUGUAUUUGACAAAACCGGUAAAAUUGAAAGUUUCAUCGAAAAACCCCAAGAAUUCAUCUCAAAUAAAAUAAAUGCAGGUAUGUACAUAUUUAAUCCAAGCAUAUUAAAAAGAAUAGAGCUAAAACCUAUGAGCAUAGAAAAAGAGGUUUUUCCAUUUAUGGCUGAAGAUAAUGAAUUAUAUGCAAUGGAAUUACCAGGUUUUUGGAUGGAUGUCGGACAACCUAAAGAUUUUCUCAAAGGUAUGUGUAUGUAUCUUGCUUCAUUAAGACAAAAGUCUCCUGAAAAAUUACAUUCCGGACCUGGAAUAGUGGGAAAUGUUUUAAUAGAUCCUACAGCUAAAAUUGGCAAAGAUUGUAGAAUUGGUCCUAAUGUUACAAUCGGUCCUGGUGUUUCGUUAGCCGAUGGUUGUUGUAUUAAAAGGUCUACUCUUCUUAAAGCAGCUGUAAUAAAAGAGCAUGCAUGGCUUGAUGGUUGCAUCAUUGGUUGGCGUAGUGUCGUUGGUCGUUGGGUACGAAUGGAAGGUACAACAGUUCUCGGAGAAGAUGUAAUAGUUAAAGACGAGCUUUAUAUCAAUGGCGGUCAAGUAUUACCGCAUAAAAAUAUUUCGAGUUCUGUGCCAGAACCACAAAUAAUCAUGUGAGAAAAAUGGACUUGAGAUAAUGGUUUUUCUAGACAAUAAGUGAUAAAAUAAUACAUGAAAUAUCUUCUCUACUUUAAGACUUUCUACUUUUUUAAAAGUUUUGCAAAUUAAAAGAAAAUCGAAUAAGAAACAUCACAAGUAAAUGUAAUAAAAGUGCAUACAUAUAUUGACAGCAGGAUUAUUUAUGUAUAUAAUACAUUUAUUCAAGCUUUAUCGGUAAACCACGUGUAACUAUUGAAGCUGCUGUCAUGUAUAGCGAACAUGCUUCCUUUGAUUUUGAUAUUGCUCUCAACAUCUCAGGUUCCGUUGUUAUAUUAGUUGUGUUUCUUUGACUAUCUUUUAGAAAUCCUGGUAAUAUAUACAAAUAUUAUUAUAAGUAACAUAAAAAUUGAUAUAGUACUAAUAUAUAUAUAUAUAUGGGGCAUUCUAUACCAAAUCGACCACUUUUGACCCCGACUCCUUUCGAUUUGGCUAAAAGUUUUUUAUCUUUUUAAAAUAGAAAAAAAAAAGUAAGUUUCUUUCUAUUUUCUAAAAAUAUAUAUAUAUAUUGUAUAUUUCUUAAACUUUAUCCAAAGCGCAAAUCUAGUUUAAUUUUUAAUCUAAUUUUGUAAAUGUAUGAUAUCUUCUCUGUAAUGUAAAUAUGCAAUAAAUUUUAUAUACUAACUAAAA